UGACAAUGACUUGACAUUUCUGCUACAAAUUUUGAGAUAGUACGUCUUCAUCUCACUUUAUUACGUUAAAAUACGAAUACUAUCUUUUUUAUUUUAAGAAUUUAAAAUUUUAGUAAAUGGGCUAUGGAUAUGAGCUCUUUUUCUGUAUCUAUACAAAACGUUAAAAUUUAAAAGGCACCGAUGUAUACUCACUUUUUGUGAAACUUGAUUUAUAAUUUUUAUAUAGCAUUAGUUUAUAAUGUUCAGUUUUUCAGGUUUGGAUUCCUGAUAGACCCUGUUUGUGCUACUUGUAAAUAUCACAUUUUUUUCGUUUGACCUUUACAUAAAAAUAUAUAAAUUUUAUCAAAAGGAGAGAUCAGUUUUAGAAUAACAUAAUAGCAAAAUAUUGAUAAAACGGUAAAUUUUGGAGAUCAAAAUGAAAGUGGUAGCAUUAAUAAGUGGUGGUAAAGAUAGUACCUUUAAUAUGAUGCAGUGCAUUGCUGCAGAUCAUGAAAUUGUAGCUUUAGCAAAUUUAGUACCCCACAGUAAAACAGAAAUAGAUAGUUUUAUGUAUCAAAGUGUGGGCCAUGAAGCUAUUGAUCUCAUUGCUGCUGCUAUGGACCUUCCACUAUAUAAACGAGAAACAAUGGGAAUUUCUAAUGAGAGAGGAAAGGUAUAUACUCCAUCUGAUAGUGAUGAAGUAGAAGAUCUAUAUGUACUUUUAAAGCAAAUUAAAAAGGAUAUUGAUUUUGAAGCAGUGUCUGUAGGUGCUAUUUUAUCAGAUUAUCAACGAACAAGAGUAGAAAAUGUUUGUGUAAGACUUGGCUUAAUGCCCUUGGCCUAUUUGUGGCAAAGAAAUCAAAUAGAGCUUUUGGACGAAAUAAUAAGUUGUGAAGUAGAUGCAAUAGUAAUAAAAGUAGCCACAUUAGGUUUAGAAACUAAACAUCUCGGAAGAUCACUUAGUUCUUUACAACCCCACUUGCUUGCCAUGCAUGAAAAAUACGGAUUAAAUGUGUGUGGAGAGGGAGGAGAGUAUGAAACAUUGACAUUAGAUUGUCCAUUAUUUAAGAGUAGAUUAGUUGUGGAAGAUUCUGACAUUGUGAUUCACUCGAGUGAUCCUAUAGUAGCAGUAGGUUACCUAACUUUUAAGAAACUUUCCUUAGAAUUAAAAUUACCGCCGCUGGAUUUACAAGAUCGUUUAGAAGGAUUACCAUUAAAAAAUUGUGAUGGAUAUCUUACUGAUCAUGAAGAAGCAGUUUUUAAAUCUGAUGAAGACAUAGAUGACCCACAAAAUGGAAUAACACCAACUUCCAAUAUAGAUAAAUGCAGUUACUUUUGUGAAAAUGUUGUACAAGAAGUUUCCUCUGUACAUAGCAACAAAGAAGGGUGGCUUUUUAUAGGAGGUAUUCAGGGAACUUCCAUCAACGCUAAGGAAGCGAUGGAACAAGCCAUGAGUAUCUUAAAGUCUGAAUUAACAAAAUAUGACCAUUCCGUGAAAGAUGUGUGCUCCAUAACGAUGUUCAUAGGCGAUAUGUCGCAAUAUGCAGAGUUAAACAAAUUAUAUGUAGAAACUUUUAUUUUUCCAAAUCCACCUACUCGAGCCUGUGUGCAGGUGCCAUUUGAUCCUAAUAACCCAGUUAGAUUAGAAGCUGUAUCAUGGAAACAGCCAAAUUGUGAUACAGGAGAUACAGUAGAAAGACAAACAAUGCAUGUUCAAAGCAGGUCCCAUUGGGCUCCAGCAAGUAUAGGUCCAUACAGCCAAUCUAUUAGAGUAAAAGAUUUCGUUCAUUUAGCUGGCCAAAUUGGUUUAGUUCCUGGUAGCAUGGAAAUGGUUAAAGGCGGCGUAAAAGCUGAAUGUAAGUUGGUCUUAAGACAUUUAAAAAGGCUGUUAACGGCUGUGGAUCACAAAUUUAAUUUGAGAAACGUUGUUCAGAGUAUUUGUUAUGUGACUGAUCCAUCAUAUGUUACCACAGUGAGGAAGUUGUGGGAAGAAAAUACAAAUAAUGCUAUUGUUGAUUAUGUUGUUGUUACUGGUUUGCCUAGGAAUGCAUCUGUAGAGUGGCAUGUCUGGGCGCACAAAUAUAAUAACCAGUUUGAUUAUGAAGAAAAAGGCAAAUGUGUUGAUAAUUUUUCAAUAUCCAUAUUUCGUCGCUGGAACCACGAAAACCACCUUUCAGCCAUUCUUUGCACUGUAAUAAAUCCAGAUGAAAAUGCAGUAUGUGAACCAGCUAUUAUCCACCAAGCUUUGGAUUAUACAAUUCAAAAACUUCUAUUGGGUUUUGAAGACGAAAAAUCAAUCAUCAGUUUAAACAUUUUUUAUACGACUAAGAAAAAUAUUCACGAAAAGGACAUUUUGAAUUAUUUUAAAAAUGAAACAAAAAAUGUGGUUUUAAGUUAUACAUUUAUACCUGUCAUGUCACUAAAUAGUAAUCAAACCUUUUUGUCAAUUUGUGGAGUUAGGUUGUCGUAAGGGAUGAACUAUAUAUGUUUUGAUUUAUAUAUGCGGUGAGUAAUUUUUUAAAAUUUCUUGUCGGUCCAUUAUUUAAGCAGUUAGGAAAUUUCUCAUUUGCUAUAAAUCGUAAUAUUAAAAUGAAAUUCAACACUUUUUGUUAUUGUUUGGUAUUGAUAUUUUCAAUUUAACUAUAGAGCAAAUAAGUCUGAUAUCUGAAAACAUUUUUUAAGCCAAACGUAUCGAAACUUUCACCCAUUUUUUACAGGGGUUACUUUUUACAUUGUUUGAAAUAAAAAUAUUUAAAUAGGAAAGUGACAUUAAAAAUUAGUUGACUCUCCUUCUACAAACGUAAAAAUGAGUGAAUAAUGAUUUUAGCUAAACAUCGACUUAAACUUAGGAAACAGGUAUAUCUAGAACCAUUAAAUGAUCAUCGAAUAAAUAAAGUAACAUUUUUAUCAAAUUUGUAUUUGUAUAUAGGGUGUACCUUUAAAACCAAUAAAAAUAUACUAGUUGGGUACUUUUUAA